AUGCCCCCAAAGUUAAAGCUACUAAUCUGGAGAGCACUACAUGAUGCCUUACCAACGGGAGUGAACCUCGAGAAAAGGGGAGUUGCAAACAACUCCACAUGCGUUCAUUGCGGAGCACCGGAGACAACUGAACAUCUCUUCCUGCAUUGCCCCUUUGCCUCGCAAGCUUGGGACUUAACCCCUCUGAAGAACCCCUUUGUAUCAACCAGCUUUGGAUCCUUCUACUCCGCCCUUGAAGCGUCGACACUUGAUAUCUGCCUUCCACCAACGGGAUGUAGAGUUAACAUCUUCUUCUGGAUCGUAUGGUCUCUUUGGAUAACACGAAAUCAGCUCCUGUUUGAAUCAAGACACAUCUCAGUAUCAGAGACUAUUACCAAAGCUCUAGCGGGAGCAAGAGAAUGGGCGCUAACUUAA